AAUUCUGCCUUAGAGGCUCUGGUCACGGCUAGUCUAAGAUUCUCAUUACCUAGUAUGGAUGGAUGGCGUCCCCGAGGGCAAACCUAGCGGCCGUCGUGGUGGUCACGUCGUACCUCGUCUAUGCCGUCGCCUCCUCCUCAAGGGUUCGUCGACAAGUCGUGGGAACGGCCGGGGUCGAUUAUCCGACUUACUCUGAAGUUCCACCUGGGCUCUCCUUCGCCUGCACUGAUAAGAUUCCGGGGUAUUAUGCAGAUCCAGAAGCCCAGUGUCAGGUGUGGCACUGGUGUGUCCCAGGUGGGCAGAAGUACUCCUUCCUCUGCCCCAACCAGACCUUAUUCAAUCAGGUUCACAGAGUGUGCGACUGGUGGUACAACGUGGACUGCUCUGCCUCUCCCGACAAGUAUAACAUCAACGAGGACCUCUACAUCGUCCCUGACAGCGCUUCGUCGUCUGGCCGCAGCUUGGACGCAGCGACCAACACGACCGCGACAGAAGAAGACUCGGCUUCAGCCGCGCAGGCGCAGCAGACGGUCGCCGAUGCCGCUGCAGUCGAAGGAGAAGAGCAGCUGUAAAUCUUUCUCAAUCCGAUUUCUGAUACGUUUCUUCUCCGAGAGUCAGUCUGGAAAGGUUUAGAUUCAUUGUCCUCUUUCUCUAUUUUGCUUUUAUCAUUAAUUUUCGCUUCAAUUCGUUCCGUCGAUGAUUACACCACAGAUAGAUGCCUAGGUAGGGUGGCCAUUUCCAAAUUCCCAAAAAGGACCAAUUUUUUUUUUUAUGUUUAUUUUUUGCCACGCCAAUUUUUAACCUAAAUUAAACAUGAUUAAUGAGGAGUUGAAAUAUAAAAUGUUGUAUAAUGAAUAUAUAUAUAUAUAUAUAUAUAUAUAUAUAUAUAUAUAUAUAUAUAUAUAUAUAUAACUUGACCUGAGUGUUUAAAUGUCAAAUAGUGUAUGAAUAAAGAACUGAAAUUAAUUAAAUUCAAUUUUAUUCAAGAUGGAACAAUGUAGUACGUAACUGGGGUGAAAAAAUUAACAUUAUUUCAGAAACUAAAGGAACAAGCGAUCCGAUGUUUGUAUUUUGCCCCUUCCCUUGCCAUCCUUAAGAGUUUUCUGUUGGCUAGAAGACUUUUGUACAUGGCUGGGCAGAUACAAGCAAUACACUGCGGCUCCAUGCCCAAUGUCCUAAGUGUGCCAACAGCCACUAUAUAAAAUUAUUGGGCUAAUAAAAAAAAUCAGUGGUUAUUUUGACCGUCACUAUUGUAAUAUAUGUAUUUAUUUAUAUUUUCAGUAUUCAAAUAUUUUUUUUAGACAGACCCAUAAAUCAGGACAGAUUAGCGUCCUUCUAAAGGCGAAGCAGGACAGAGGACAGAAUGCUCAAAAAACAGGACUGUCCUUCCUAAAGCAGGACGUCUGGCCACCCCAGCCUAGGUUAACAUCCGUCUUCAUUUUAGUUUUAUUCAGUGUUCAUCUGGUUUUCUUUCAGUCUCGGUUUUCGUAAUAUCAAAACAUUAAGGUUUAGGGCAUAACUUCUGAAUACAAGAGUUUAGUUUGGUUUUUAUGAAAACAGGUCGGCGUGACCAAAAAUAUUUACAUGAAGUUGAUUUUUCCUUUUCUUUCUUUAAAUCAAACUCACAUUAGGCCACGGAAAGUCUUGCAUAACGUCUUAAGGCGCUGUCACACUAGCAAAAUUUCCGUCGACUUUUUCUGAGUUUGUCAUCGACUUUCCAAAGAAGUCGACGUCAAUCCGUACUCUGGUUGUCACACACGUUCUUCUUCCUACCGUAGUUGUCGUCGUCAAAAUGUAAACAAACCGUCUGAGCUGUGACUUCCCGGAAUGAUAAAAGAACUAUGCUUUAUAACACAAAGCAACUAGUGGGUCGUGCUUGCAUGUGUUUAAUGAUGCUGCAUAGAAUUUAAAAUUAAAAGUCUUUGGGUUCGGUCCUGGUUAAAAAGACGUGAAAAGUUUUAUUUAAAAAAAUAAGCUAGGGCUAGCCUAGAUAGGCUACUCGUAACCUCUUACACAACCACAGUCAGACUGUAUUAUAAAUUUAGCUAGAGGAACACUGAAAUUUUUUUAAAAGAUUUUUGUUUUUAUUAUUUGCUAAUGCAAACAACAACAAUGAGAGCAGACCUAGGCUAUAUAACAAUCUGAUAUUCACGAUAUAGCCUAGCAUGCUUAUCUGUAUAAAGAUCAGCAAGUUCAGGAAAGUUUUCCAAGUCGCAUGGUAAUUUCUUUGUAAUUUUUUCAUUUAAGACCCCUUUUCAUAAAACUAUCAUGCUUAUGGUCCCAUAAGCAUCGUCUCUCCCACAUAUCUUCGACCAAAAACUGUUCUGGCAAUCUUGUCCACUGUACCAAGAACUCCAUCUUGCAUCUGAUUACUUGAAAUGCGCGCUCUCCGUGAUAUAAACAAACAAUAAAGUCGACGGUAGCGGUGGGUUGAAUUCGAUCGGUACUGUUUUCAAAAGUCGUGACGACGACACCGGAAAGUCGUCGUCAAAACAUGAAAAGUCGACGUCAAAUUCAAAAGUCAACGGAAAUUUCGCUAGUGUGACAGGGCCUUUAGUGUGUGUGUGUGUGUGUGCGAGCGCCCGUGCGUUUGCGUAUUUGUAGAGGCCAAAAAGAAAGCCUUUAAACUGUAAAGCUUUAAUCGGUAUGGAAAAUACGCAAUGUUAAUGCAUUAUUUCAUGUUUAUUUUACCUAUAUUUCCUUUGUCAUAUAUGU